AUGGCAGCCAGAGGGAUGUUCCGGUUUGCUGAUAGCAUCGACAAGUUGCUGGUGUUGUUCGGAGCUCUGGGGAGUAUUGGAGAUGGGUUACUGACCCCUCUUAUCUUGCUUGUUCUUAGUGGUCUGAUCGAUGAUUAUGGCAGUGCCAAAUCCGAAUCUGCCAACAGAUCUUUGGCAAACCAUAUGGUGGAUGAGUAUGCUCUCAAGCUGCUUUAUGUUGCCAUAGUAGUUGGGGCAUCUUCCUUUGUUGAAGGAAUAUGCUGGACAAGGACUUCAGAGCGGCAGACUUCUCGCAUGAGAAUGGAGUACUUGAAAUCAGCCCUCAGGCAAGAAGUUGGUUUCUUUGAUAAUGGAGAAGCUUCUUCCACAACUUUCCAAGUCAUUUCUGGCAUCACCUCUGAUGCCCAUUCAAUCCAAGAUGUUAUAGCAGACAAGAUACCCAAUUUCCUUGCAAACUUGUCAACUUCCAUCUUCUGCAUUGCAACUUCCUUUGGACUUUCAUGGAAACUAGCACUGGCUGCGCUUCCAUUGGCAGUUCUAUUUAUCAUACCGGGGAUGUUAUUUGGGAAGGUAAUGAUGAAACAGGGGAUGAAGAUGAAGGAUGCUUAUGGUGUGGCAGGUGAGAUAGCUGAACAGACAAUCUCAUCAAUCCGCACUGUGUAUUCAUUUGUGGGGGAGCAACAAACUUUGAAUAGGUUCAGCCAAGCACUACAAAAAUAUGUCGAACAGGGUAUAAAACAAGGUUUAACAAAGGGCUUGAUGAUGGGAAGUAUGGGAAUGAUUUUUGUGUCUUGGGCUUGCGAAGCAUGGAUUGGGAGCCUACUUGUCACUGAGAAAGGAGAACGAGCUGGCCGUGUUUUCAUUGCUUCAAUGUGCAAUGUCCUGGGAGGAGUGUCUGUAAUGACCGCCCUACGGAAUAUCUCCUUCUUCGCAGAAGCAAAAGCUGCAGCCACUAGAACAACUGAAAUGAUCGAUCGAGUUCCUCGUAUCAACCCUGAGGAUGAGAAGGGAAGAAUUCUAGAACAAGUGAGAGGAGAAAUUGAGUUUCAAGAUGUCUAUUUCAGCUAUCCGUCACGACCUGAUACCUGGAUUCUUCAAGGACUUAAUCUCAAGCUGCGAGCUGGCAAAACAGUUGGCCUGGUCGGAGGCAGUGGUUCUGGCAAGUCCACCAUCAUUUCUUUGCUUGAAAGAUUUUAUGAUCCUGUCAAAGGAAGCAUUCGCCUUGAUGGGCACAAAUUGAAGAGACUUCAGCUUAAAUGGUUGAGAUCACAAAUGGGGAUGGUUAAUCAGGAGCCUAUUCUCUUUGCAACAUCCAUAAUGGAGAAUAUUCUUUUUGGCAAGGAAGGGGCCUCCAUGGAACUUAUUACAGCUGCAGCUAAGGCUGCAAAUGCACACAACUUCAUUUCAAAAUUACCCGAAGGAUAUGACACCCAAGUGGGGCAAUUUGGAGUUCAAUUGUCUGGAGGCCAAAAGCAAAGGAUUGCCAUAGCAAGGGCUUUACUUAGGGACCCGAGGAUUCUUCUGCUUGAUGAAGCUACAAGUGCCCUGGAUGCAAAAUCUGAGAAAGUAGUACAGGAAGCUUUGGACCAGGCUUCAACAGGACGCACGACAAUCAUCAUUGCUCACCGACUAGCAACAAUCCGUAAGGCUGACACCAUAGUGGUGCUUCAGUCAGGAAAAGUAGUUGAAUCAGGAUCUCAUGAUGAGCUGAUGCAACUGAAUAAUGGGGAAGGUGGAGCCUACUUUAGAAUGGUGAAACUGCAACAAUCAGUGACACAGAAUGAAGCAAGUACUGGCACCUAUCAUACUCAAGGAGCCAGAAGCCACCAUAGAACUAAGAGUUCCCCAUCUCUCCGGACCCAUGCAGCAAGACCUUCCUUGCAAGGUAGCCCGGCUUACUCUUUCAGCCCAACUAUAUCCAUUAGCGAAACACUUUCCACUGAGAUGCCACCUCGUGUUGACGGAGAUGAAGAAACUUCGAAAAUAUCUUCUUCCCCUCCCUCUUCUCAAUGGCGCUUGCUGAAGAUGAAUGCACCUGAGUGGAAGACAACACUGCUGGGCUGUUUAGGCGCAGUUGGUUCUGGUGCAAUCCAGCCGGUUAAUUCAUACUGCAUGGGAACGCUCAUUUCAGUAUAUAUGCUGCAGGACAACUCAGAUAUAAAAUCAGAGACCAAAAUCAUUUCCUUCGUCUUCUUAGGCCUAGCUGUCAUUAACUUAAUCUCCAGCCUCCUGCAACACUAUGAUUUUGCGGUCAUGGGAGAAUACUUAACCAAAAGGGUGAGGGAGAAAAUGCUAGGAAAUAUGCUUACCUUUGAGGUUGGAUGGUUUGACGAAGAUGAGAACACAAGUGCAUCAAUUUGUGCGCGAUUAGCUACUGAAGUCAACAUGGUCCGGUCCCUUGUUGCAGAUCGUAUGUCCUUGCUACUUCAGGCCAUCACCACUUCUUCCCUGUCUUUUGCAAUUGCACUGGUGCUCACAUGGAGAGUGGCCAUUGUAAUGAUAGCCAUGCAGCCUUUACUCAUAGGUUGCUUCUACUCCAGGUCUGUCUUAAUGAAAAGCAUGUCUGAGAAAGCCCAGAAGGCACAGAAAGAAGGCAGCCAAUUAGCAAGUGAAGCGGCCGUCAAUCACAGAACUAUAACUGCCUUUUCUUCUCAGGAAAGAAUGUUGGCUCUCUUUGCAGCCACCAUGAAAGGCCCCCGGAAGGAAAACAUAAAACAAUCAUGGUUUUCAGGUGCUGGGCUGUUCAGCUCCCAGUUUCUGACCACAACUUCUGUAGCCAUGACUUACUGGUACGGAGGGAGACUAAUGAAUCAAGGAUUGGUAACUUCCAAGCAUCUGUUUCAGGCUUUUUUCAUAUUAAUGUCCACAAGUGCGCACAUAGCAGACGCAGGAAGCAUGACGUCUGAUUUAGCCAAAGGAAGCAAUGCACUAAUAUCCAUAUUUGCAGACCUGGACCGGAAGACUGAAAUCGAGCCUGACGAUCCACAAGGGAUUAAGAUUGAAAGGACUAUUAAAGGUGAUAUAGAGCUGAGGAAUGUCGUCUUCUCGUAUCCUUCCAGGCCUGAUCAAUUGAUCUUCAGGGGCCUAAACCUAAAAAUUGACGCCGGGAAAACAAUUGCCCUCGUGGGACAGAGUGGUUCGGGCAAAUCCACAAUCAUUGGCUUGAUUGAAAGAUUCUAUGAUGCAUUGAACGGAUCAAUACUUAUAGAUGGAAAGGACAUCAAAACCUAUAAUUUAAGAAACUUGAGAUCACACAUUGCAUUGGUAAGUCAAGAGCCAACACUCUUUGCAGGAACCAUCCGCGAGAACAUCCUCUACGGAAAAGAAGACGCCACAGAAACUGAAUUAAAAGAGGCCGCAAUUCUUUCGAAUGCUCAUGAAUUCAUCAGCGCCAUGAAAGAUGGAUACGAAACUUACUGUGGGGAAAGAGGAGUGCAGCUGUCGGGCGGCCAGAAGCAGCGGAUUGCUCUGGCUCGAGCGGUGCUGAAGAAUCCGGCGAUCCUGCUUUUGGACGAGGCGACCAGUGCCCUAGACAGCGUAUCGGAGAAUCUAGUCCAGGAAGCUCUAGAGAAGAUGAUGGUUGGGAGAACUUGCGUGAUUGUGGCUCACAGGCUGUCUACGAUUCAGAAGUCGGACUUCAUUGCUGUGAUAAAGCAAGGGAAGGUUGUAGAGCAAGGAUCGCACUCAGAGCUGCUGGCAGUGGGGCGAGGUGGAGCCUAUCACUCCCUGAUAAAGCUUCAAACCAAUCAGUCCCUCGGCCUGUAA